AUGUUCAACACCUGGAAACAAAGCAGCAACUCGUACGUAGUUCUUUCGACAGGGCCGCCAUUUGAGCGGCCACAAAAUGGGAAGCAUCGGCGGUCAGCCUGCAACGCCUGUCGCAAUAGCAAGAUACGAUGUACAAACGAGCUCACUGGUUGCGGAAACUGUCAAAAAAGGAGCCUGGAUUGCCAAUACGGCACCGAAGGUGGCACUGAGUUCAACAUCGGGGCCGUGCAAGGACGACGUAAGCUGAGACAAAAGUCGGGACUAGCUCUGUCUGUGUCCCCUGCUACACAUGAUCUCGAUAGGCCCCAAGUUCAAAUUAGUCGCAAGGACACAGAUUGGACAGACUCGGAAAUUACGCUUGGACCAGCUACAGGCCUUUCGUCUGGAUCCCAAAUGGGUUCUCCAAACACCAACAUCGCUAGUCUUCGGUCGGACAGAACUCUAGAUCUCGCAAAUGGGAUAUCUGACUUCGUAGACCAUACUGGACAUAUACCAAGAGGCAAGGCUUUCUUAGAUCAAUUGCCUCUCGAGCACCCCGUGAACACUUCAGGUAGCGACCCUUGCGGUUCUGAUCGCUCUCCAUCCCUUCAUAUUUUGGCCAACACGGAUAUUACUGAACCCACCGAGAUCGGGUUCACUGGAGACAGUACAUCUCAAAGCAUCACGCCCGUCUUCUCCAAUACCAGCUCUCUCUCUUGCCUAUGUCCUGUCACCGCUUUGGACACCUGGGAGACCCUGAUUACCGACAUUUCCUCAAAUGGAGGCUCCACGGAUAGUCUUGCGAGAUGUCAAAAGGCGGCCAUGUUAAGUUGCGAGGCACUGGUCCGCUGCCAUGGGUGCUCAUCGCGGUCGCAGGACGUCAUGCUACUCAUCGACAUCUGCGCAAAGCUGCUUGAAAGUCUAAAGUCGCAAGAUGGAGAGUUUUCCCUGCUCCACCGGCGAAGUGAUCGCCGACUGUCAUUGUACGAGUAUUCGACAGAACACGGUAUGGCAGAAGAUGACGAGGAUGACGACGAGAAACAUAUCCUGCACAGCUUUUGGAUGGCACGGAUGCAAAGGCUAGGGCGCUUAAUAGCUAGAGUCGGGAUGUUACUAGAUGGAGAAGAGUGGUCGGCGCACAGGGGCUUACUUCAAGGCGUGCAGGUGCUGUUUACAAAUGACUAA